AUGUCUGCACGUUACGCUCGUAUUCCUUUCCCGUUAACUCACCGCUCUCUUGCGGUCCGCGGGAUCAAUAGGACGAACAUUUGGCCUCCUGUUCAGCGGCAUUCGCAGGCGUCCCCUCUCGGGAAUGUGGUACUCCGAAAUGCAUCGCGCCGAACGAUGUCGACGACCUUCCAAAUACCUAAGGUACAGAGGGCGGCGAUUUUCGAAAAGACUGGUGCGCCUUUGAAGAUCAAGGACGACCAUCCCGUCAAGCAGCCGUCGGAGCUCAAGCCCGGAGAAUGUCUCAUUCACCUUGACUGCAGCGGAGUGUGCCACACCGACCUGCAUGCGAAGAAUGGCGACUGGCCGAUUCCCGCGAAGCUCCCCCUUAUUGGUGGACAUGAGGGUGUUGGCAUCGUAGUUGCGAUCGGAGAGCAUACUCAGGAUUCCCCUGUGAAAAUUGGCGACCGUGUUGGGAUCAAGUGGCUCGCUUACUCCUGCCUUGAUUGCGAGAUGUGUAGGAAGGGCCUCGAGCAAAGCUGUUUGAAUGGUCAAUACAGCGGCUUCACCGUGGACGGCACGUACUCCCAGUACGUCACGUCGUGGGUUCGCCACGUCACUCCUAUCCCCGAGGGCAUCUCGAGUGCGGAAGCCGCAUCAAUUCUCUGUGCAGGUGUCACCGUCUACCGUGCGAUCAAAUACUCGAAGGUACAUAUCGGCGACUGGAUCGUGCUCCCUGGCGCAGGCGGAGGACUCGGCCACUUAGCUGUUCAGUAUGCCGCAGCGAUGGGUUUGCGCGUCCUCGCGGUUGACACGGGUGCGGAGAAGAAGAAGUUGUGCAUGAAGCUCGGCGCAGAGAAGUGGAUCGACUUCAAGGAGUCGAAGGACCUUGUUGCGGAUAUUAAAGCUGCAACUGGCGGGCUUGGCCCACAUGCGGCCGUAGUAACGGCGUCCACGGGCGCGGCGUACUCGCAGGCGAUUGAUUACCUGCGAAACGGCGGUACCCUCAUGGUUGUUGGGCUGCCAGCGAAGGCUGCGCUGGAGGCGGACAUCUUCUACACUGUCACGAAGAGCAUCCAAAUUAUCGGUUCCUAUGUCGGGAAUCGACAAGAUGCGCGGGAAGCGUUGGAUCUUGCCGCCCGGGGUAAGGUCAAGUGCCACUUCACCCUGAAGCCUUUGGAUGCGCUAGCGGACACGUUUGAAGGCAUGGAGAAAGGCUCAAUUGUCGGCCGGGUGGUUCUUAACAUGAAGGAUUGA